GCACUCUGGUCUUGCGCGGCAUGGACGCGGCGAGUACUGGAGUCGGCCUCGCAUGACCUUGGACGAGGAGUACUUGGAGUCCUGCCCCUCUCUGGGCUGCAGUUCUUUUCGUAGCAGGGCCCCGUCAGUGCGGGCCCCGCGUUCGGAAGGCGCUGGGCAACACAUUGCGCCCAAGCUGUGGCUUUUCCGCGCGGGAUUGGCGUUUGGGAUGGUAUUACUUCAAAUGACCGUGUGGGUUUCUCAGGAUCCUUGGAGAAUUUAACUGGGAACCUCUUUAUCCUCUUGGACCCUCUGGAAGUCUGAGAACCCUGGCCAGGCAACAGGUGCCAGGUGUUUGUGCAGUGCGACAGAUGAGGAGCAGCAGCCAAAGGAAGGGUGAGGCCCUGGCAAGUGCUCCACUGGAUAAUGCCCCCAAGGAGUAUCCCCCCAAAAUCCAGCAGCUGGUCCAGGACAUUGCCAGCCUCACGCUCCUGGAGAUCUCAGACCUCAAUGAACUUCUGAAGAAAACAUUGAAGAUCCAGGAUGUGGGCCUCAUGCCGACGGGUGGGAUGGUGCCUGGUACUAUCCCCACUGCAACAGCCCCUGAGGUGGUAGAAGAAGAUAUCCCCAAACAAAAAGAACGUACACAUUUCACUGUCCGCCUGACAGAAGCAAAGCCAGUAGACAAAGUGAAGCUGAUCAAAGAAAUCAAGAACUACAUCCAGGGCAUAAACCUUGUCCAGGCAAAGAAGCUGGUAGAGUCACUGCCCCAGGAAAUCAAAGCCAACGUUGCCAAAGCAGAGGCUGAGAAGAUCAAGGCUGCCCUGGAAGCUGUGGGUGGCACCGUUGUUCUGGAGUAGCCUCUGGCUUUGAGGACUUGUGUUCAGGGUCCCUGGGACCCUGGUGGGGCCCUGCCUACUAUCUAUGCCGCCUGCUCUUACCCCCAGCACCAGGGAGUGGAGGAGUGACAGCUGCUGGUUCCAGGUGGCCAGGUCAGCCUGGUCAGGCAGAUGGACCUACUAUGACCAGAGAGAGGGACAGCUGCUGCCUGCGUGAGGCACCGGGAGAAUGAUGUGAGGACACCCAAGAGACAUUGUCCUCUGGUGGCUGCUGAGAAAAAUACAGUGUGCAGCUUGCA